GGCGCUGUCACUGUUAUGGUCCUGUCAGGGCGCCGGCGUCGUGGUGCUUGGGAGCUCGCCACCGGCCGGGCUCCGGUGCGACCUCGUCGGGAGCAGCCGAGUGGCCUGGCUCGCGCGUCUCCGCCCUCGUCCCAGCUCGCGCCUCCAGGCUCGCAGGCCGCCCGCUAGCACGGUCGUCACCGUGCGAGGACCCGGGCCCAGCCGCGCCCCAGCACCGCCGUGGGCUCCGAGGCCGGCGGGAUGCAGCCUCCGGGCCCGCCCCCGGCCUAUGCGCCCGCCAACGGGGACUUCACCUUCGUCUCCUCGGCGGACGCGGAAGAUCUCAGUGGUUCUAUAGCAGCCCCAGAUGUCAAAUUAAAUCUCGGCGGAGGUGGAGAUUUUAUCAAAGAAUCUACAGCUACCACAUUUCUGAGACAAAGAGGGUAUGGCUGGCUUCUGGAAGUUGAAGAUGAGGACCCUGAAGAUAACAAGCCACUUUUGGAAGAAUUGGACAUUGAUCUAAAAGAUAUUUACUACAAAAUCCGUUGUGUUUUGAUGCCAAUGCCAUCGCUUGGUUUUAAUAGACAAGUAGUGAGAGACAAUCCUGACUUUUGGGGUCCACUGGCUGUUGUCCUUUUCUUUUCAAUGAUAUCAUUAUAUGGACAGUUUAGGGUGGUCUCAUGGAUUAUAACUAUUUGGAUAUUUGGUUCACUGACAAUUUUCUUACUGGCUAGAGUUCUUGGUGGAGAAGUUGCAUAUGGCCAAGUUCUUGGAGUGAUAGGAUAUUCAUUACUUCCUCUCAUUGUAAUAGCCCCUAUACUUUUGGUGGUCGGAUCUUUUGAAAUGGUGUCUACACUUAUAAAACUGUUUGGUGUGUUUUGGGCUGCCUACAGUGCUGCUUCAUUACUCGUGGGUGAAGAAUUCAAGACCAAAAAGCCUCUCCUCAUUUAUCCAAUCUUUUUAUUGUACAUUUAUUUUUUGUCCUUAUAUACUGGGGUGUGAUCCAAGUUGUACAUGAGUUGAAAAAGAUGGUGUUACAUUUGUAUUGAGCUGGGAAUUCUUGCUGAAGGGGUUGGAAAAAACAUAACUAGUAAAAUUUUAUACAUUCCAGUUAGAAAGGCAGGUUUAAAGUCUUUUUAAAACAAUAUUUUUUUGUAUUUAAGUAAUUGCAGUUAUCUGGGAUUCUUUGGUCAGAAUUCUGAAUUCUGUUUGGUUCUUCAUAUUCCACGAAUAAAUAAAAAGUGUUGUGUUUU